GUCCAGGUCCGGUUCGUACUUCGCGCGCUCCCGGUUCAUGUGGCCGCAGCAGUCCACGUCAGCAGAGGGAGAUCAGCACCCUGGACAGCGGCGGCUGGUCACUGAUAAAGCAGCCACAGCUCCUCCUGCACUGGGAGCACUGGGAGCGCUGGGAUAGGCACAUCACCCAUCAUCAGAGGCGGAUGGAUGACCAGAGAGGAAAAAACACCCGACUUGUUUACAGCACGACUGUUUUUCUCUUCUUCUUCUUCUCCUUCUUCCUAUUCCGGAAGUAGCUGCUGCGUUGGUUCAAUCUCCAAGCCGACCAUUUCGAGGAGGGAAAUCAGCGCCAGCAGUAUCAUCACCACCAUCUAUCUGAUCCAAUAAUCAAUGCCAUUACUGCUGUGUAAUUGCUCUCGGAUGCGAAGACAUCUCCACGCGUCUUUCUCCCCAGUUAGAAAAAAUCGCAGGGUGCCUUUUUUUUUUUAAUUAUUCUGCCUCUCUUUGACCGUGUUUCUUUUUUGGGGGGUGCUUUGCAAUGAAAUGCUGAUGGACAUCGAGGCGAAGAUGGGAAGCACGGGGCUCUCGGGUGUUUUUGUGCUGCCGUGUUUCCAGCGAGGAGGCUGCUGAGAAAUGAGCAGGAUUGUGUUUUUUGAUCUCGACGUGGAUUGUCGGGGUGAAUGGCUCGGAUUCUCCGUGGAUCAACCACAGGCUUCUUUACAAAGAGGAGAUGAAAUAGAGAAGAGAGAGAAAGAGAGGGGGGAGAAAAAAAUGGACCAUGAUCUGACGCUUGGGAUGCUACAGUGAGGAGGGACAAUAAGAGAUAAAAUAUAUACACAGAGACAUUUUCUAAUCAUCCAAAUCCAACUUCCAUUUCAUCUUUUCAUUUUCCUUUUGGAUUAUGAUUCUUGACAAGAGUCCCAGAUGUGACUGUAUGGAUGGCAGGUCGUUGUAUUUUACCUCCCAUCUUCUAUUUCCUGGCUCUGUGUUGCUCUCUCUUCCACUCGUCCACUCUCUCGCGGUCUUCUGCUUUGGGUAGCAAAACAUGUAGGCUAUUUUUUGCUGCAAGCCCAGUGCAUGUGAAAAAAGGUGUCUUUGAAGAAAAAACAAAAAUGGACCGUGGAGAUCAAACCCUGUGCAAGCUCUAGUGUUUUUUUCUGGGGUGCGGUGGACGAUGCAUCGAGGCUAUAGACGGCGUUUGCUGAGUUGUUUGAGUAAUGAAUAUUGAAAGAGUGUGUCGGCCAGCUGAAAGGGAAAAUCUUUCAUCCGCAUUGGCUUAGACACACAUGCCAUCAGUGGGGCGAGAGCCUUUAUUUCUCUGGAUUUCCCCUUAAUAAGCUGGUGGUGGUGUUAAUGAAAAUACUAGGCUACAAUAAGAGUGAACAUAUCGGAUGUAUGAAUAAUAAUAAUCACAAUAAUAAUAAGAGAAGGAGAGGAGAUAAAAACACAUUUAUUUCAGUGGCGGAUUCUUUAUGUAGCCAAACAUGUUCAAGUAUCGGAUCCGCAUGUUUUUUAAUGAACUGAAAGUCCUGGUGUUUAUGCGAUCCGAUUCGAGACAGUCCGGCUCAGACACAGAUAGACGGUCCACCACCAUGCGAGGUCUGGGGAUGGGCGGCUGCGGUUGGCCGCCUUUCGUCGACUGCCAUUCCCGGGAUGACGAGGAGGAGUACUACGGCAGCGACCCGCGGCCCCGGAGCCUGGCGUUUGAGGACAAGGAGCCCAAGCUGCAAGUGGGCCUGGACGCCGUGUCUCUGGCCAGCACCGCCAGCAGCCUGCGGACCCCCCAGUGCCGGAUCUGUUUCCAAGGCCCAGAGCAGGGAGAGCUGUUGAGCCCCUGCCGCUGUGACGGCUCAGUGCGCUGCACCCAUCAGCCCUGCCUCAUCCGCUGGAUCAGCGAGAGGGGAUCCUGGAGCUGCGAGCUUUGCUACUUCAAGUACCAGGUCCUGGCCAUCAGCACCAAGAACCCUCUGCAGUGGCAGGCCAUCUCCCUGACGGUGAUAGAGAAGGUGCAGAUUGCAGCCAUUAUUCUGGGUUCCCUUUUCCUCAUCGCCAGCAUCUCCUGGCUCAUCUGGUCCUCCCUCAGCCCGUCGGCCAAGUGGCAACGUCAGGACCUGCUCUUCCAAAUCUGCUACGGCAUGUACGGCUUCAUGGAUAUCGUCUGCAUAGGCCUCAUCAUCCAUGAGGGAUCAUCAGUGUAUCGAAUCUUCAAACGAUGGCAGGCUGUCAAUCAGCAGUGGAAAGUUCUGAACUAUGAGAAAUCAAAGGACUUGGGCGACCCGCUGAGUUCGAGCAGCAAGACGGGGGCUCGCGGCUCUCGCGGCAACCCUCACGGUCUGGCCAGCAGCAGCGGGGGUCGACAGAGCAGGAGGUUAAGAACUAUUCUGAACCACCACUGUGGAUACACCAUCUUGCACAUCCUGAGCCAACUGCGGCCCAACGACCCCCGGAUUAGCGCCGCCGCCAACCGGGAGGUGGUGAUGAGGGUCACCACCGUAUGAGUGAGGGGAUGGACCUCGUCUUUGUGUCCAGAUGUAAAUGAGAGGACGGACUCACGGACCUAACUUUAAACAGACUCGUGUAGGCGACACGAACCCUGCGAGGAGCCAAGUGACGCCACAUCAACAGACACUUGAGGAUUUCUCCUCUUGUUUCGUACAACAAAAGGAAGCCAGAUGCUCCUUUUCAAUAAUUAAAGAACUGAUGAAAAAUAAAGAUGCAUUAAGAGACAUAAAAUGAAACGUGUGGAGGAAAAAACAGUGUAAACAGGCUUUAUAACCUAAUCCAAGAUGACGAGACGUUUUUUCCAGUUCAAUAUCAGGAUGCACAGAGACAUUUUUCUUUGAUUUGAUCCUCUUGGUUUGAUUUGUAUCUAUUCUUUUUCUGUUUGUUUUUUACUCACUUUGAUUUUGUACGGAUGUUUGAUUUUAGAGGAAAUCAUGUAACUCCAUACAUGCCAAGCAUUUCCAGACAGCUAUGUAUAAUGAUCUUAAAAUUUCUACAAGAUAACUGAUGCUGGUAAAUAGACCGAAAACUGAAACAAACAAACCAACAUGAGGGAGAAACACAGAGGUGAACAAUAAGUCAUACAAAGUAAAAAAAAGAGAAAAUAAUAAAAAAAAAAAGAACAAAAAAAGAAAUCAGUAAGAUUUCAGUGACACUUAACCUUUCUGCAAUAAAGAUACGUAUGUACAUUUCACAGGGAAUUUUGCAUGGGUAUAUAAUUUUAUUCUUCAUCACAUAACAUAAGCACAUGACAAAUUUGCUCUAUUUCGAAUGGUGCUUGCCAAAAUAAACACUUUAGAAACAUCUGAUUUCACUGCACCAACUUUUUGUCAACAUGACAAAUGGCAGUGUGUUACAGCUAUUUCAGCUAAAAUACAGAUUGUUGCUGCUGUGUGCUGAUUCAGAUUUGAUAAUAAGUAAACUAUUGGAUUAAA